AUGAAAGCUCAAUUCUUUCUUCCGCUUCCUCUAGCUUUGCUCCCUUUAGUGGGAUCUGUGCCUGCCCCGAGAGCAAGCAACCCGCCUCUCAGGGGAUCAGAGGCACUUGUUGGGUACUCGCCCACCGAGAAAAUCGCCCCUGGACCGAAGCCAGAUAUUAAGUGUAGCCUGCUGCCGGCUCAGACUGCUGACCCUCAGCUUGGAGAAUAUUUGGACUUGGAGAAGGUUGAGAACCCACAGCCUAUUCGGGGAAACACUGGUGGCGAUGAUCCUGGUCCCAGAAAUUACUAUUAUGACAAAAUCAACAGCGACAAGUUAGCCCCCCCCCGGAACCGACAGUGGUUCCACGAUCAAUGCUCAAUGGCCGAUGGACUUGGCAUUGACAGCGCUGGCUGGGCUCGUCAAGAAAACAUCGACGUCAUGCCGGCUGCUACCGAAAUGGCGGGUGUCGAUAUGCGCCUCGAGCCCCACGGUUAUCGGGAGCUUCACUGGCAUGUCGCUGCAGAAUGGUCGUUGGUGCUCAACGGCUCGUGUCGGAUUCAAGCUGUGAACGAAAAUGGGCAAACUUUCGUCGAUGACGUUACGGCGGGCGAUCUGUGGUUCUUCCCGCCUGGGGUUCCUCAUUCCAUCCAGGCUUUGGAGGCUGGUGUCGAAUUUCUGUUGGUAUUUGACGACGGUGCAUUCUCUGAAGAUAACACGUUCCUCGCUUCGGAAGUAUUCCUGCACACUCCUAAAUCGGUCUUGGCUCAAGACUUGGGAGUUGACGUGUCCGCGUUCAAAAAUCUCCCUGACGAUGAGCUUUACAUCUUCGGCGGCACGCCCGCCCCCAAGGAUAUUGAAAAGCAAAAUGUGACCACCCCUGCGGGCGUGAUUCCUCGAACACAGAGUUACUCUUACCACCUCUCCGAACAACCCGCGCACGAAGUUGCCGGCGGAAGUGUCAAGAUAGCCGAUCCCGCCACCUUCCCCAUCGCUAGCAACUUCUCGGCUGCGAUAGUGACUGUUCACCCCGGUGGUAUGCGAGAGAUCCACUGGCAUCCUACCAGUGACGAGUGGACCUUCUUCAUCCAGGGCCAGGGCCGUGCCACUCUAUUCAGUGCCCCGCAAAGUGCGAACACCUUCGACUACCGUGCUGGCGACGUUGCAUAUUUCCCUAAGUCGAACAGUCACUAUAUCCAGAACACUGGUGACGAAGACCUGGUCUUUGUGGAGGUCCUCCAGGCGGACCUAUUCACUGACAUUGCACUUGGCCAAUGGCUGGCUUCUACCCCCGGCAGAUCGUAUCGGACACCUUGA